AGCAGGACGUCGAAGGGGAGUAACGAAGCAGCAGCAGCAGAAGCGACCGAAGGAUGCUCGUGUUUCAGGUGAGAUUCAGUGGGAUAUGAUGAUAAUUAAUCUGAAGGAAAGACAGACACACGUUCCGGGGCUUCUACCACUUUACAGCUGAAGAGAAGUUCACUGACUGGAAUAUGCAGACAGCAUGCGGUGACUGAGACCGAGGCCUGAAGGCACAGUGGGUCUGGUGGUGGUGGCAGCAGCAAGCAGCUAGCUUAGAUGAAGGAUGAAGAGCCCGGUGCACAGAUGCAGGGAUGUGGAGCACGGGCGUGGGCAGGCCAGGGCAGGAGCCAACUGCCUACAGGCUGAGCAGCGCAUCCCUAUCUCCAAAGACGUCAUCACUUCCUCCUCCGCCUCUGCCAUGUGGUUUAUCAGGGACGUCUGCGGCAUCGUGUGUGCUGUCAUCACCUGGCUGCUGGUGUUUUACGCAGAGUUUGUGGUGUUGUUUGUAAUGCUGCUGCCCUCCAAGAAUCUGACGUACAGCAUUGUGAACGGGACCCUUUUCAACACUCUGGCCUUCCUUGCCCUUGCCUCACACCUCAGGGCCAUGUGCACUGACCCUGGGGCGGUACCAAAAGGGAAUGCUACUAAGGAAUACAUAGAAAGCCUUCAGCUGAAACCAGGGCAGGUGGUCUACAAAUGUCCCAAGUGCUGCAGCAUCAAGCCUGACCGAGCACACCACUGCAGUGUUUGCAAACGCUGCAUACGGAAGAUGGACCACCACUGCCCCUGGGUCAAUAACUGUGUUGGGGAGAACAACCAAAAGUACUUUGUGCUUUUCACAAUGUACAUUGCACUCAUCUCUCUCCACGCUCUGGUCAUGGUGGUCUUCCAUUUCCUCAACUGCUUUGAAGAUGAUUGGACAAAGUGCAGUUCCUUCUCUCCUCCAGCAACAGUCAUCCUCCUCAUACUCCUGUGCUUUGAGGGUCUCCUCUUCCUCAUCUUCACCUCUGUGAUGUUCGGCACCCAAGUCCACUCCAUCUGUACCGACGAGACUGGCAUAGAGCAAUUGAAAAAGGAAGAGAGAAGAUGGGCUAAAAAAACUAAGUGGAUGAACAUGAGGGCGGUAUUUGGACACCCUUUCUCCUUAUUGUGGUUUAGUCCCUUCUCCACCCCUGACCAUGGGAAGGCUGAGACCUACCAGUAUGUGGUGUGAGAGCUCAGCGCAGGGAAGGAGGCGGCCGGGUCAAAACCAAAGUGGGAAGCCCUGCCCAGCCCCACAGAGCUCAGCUAUGGCAGUCUGUUGCUCCCAAUGCAGAACAUGAUUUCCAUUGUAUCUCCUACGCUAGCCAUGGACAGCUUUCCAUCUGCUUUUUGUGUUGCCAACUAAGUGCGCUAUACAUUUAUUUUUGUGUUGCCUUGAGUGAGUCGAGUUGCAGAGAAAAAGAAAACCCUUUCAGUUUGUGAAUCCUGUUUGCAAACACUGUGAUGAAUCUGUUUUUUCUGAGCUAUUUCUCAUUCUGUUCAUCAGAAGCCUUCUCUUUUCUUGCUCUGUGUUUACUCUUGCUUUCCCUUAAAGGGUUAGUUCACCUAAAUUCCAAAAAAUCACAUCUUCUCACUUAUCCCUAGUGGUGUAUGGCCAUGCUGAUAGUUUUAGUUUUAGGUGUCGAGAUUUUGAGAUAUCCACCCCUGAAGCCGCCACUCCAGUUCAAUGGAAGAGAAUAGAAUUUAGGGCUGCCAAUAACUAUUAUUUUCAUUAUCGAUAAAUCUGCCAAAUAAGAAUCGUUGUGUUUUCGUUACCUUUAGAAUAAGCCGUUUUAUCUACAGAGGUCACCAUAUUGCACCUCAGAACGGACAAACCAAACACUGGCUCUAAAUUGGGCCUUUCACGUUUUUUGCGAUUUCCGUGGCCACCGUAGUUUCUCCUACACGCUUAAAAAAGGGGAGGGUGAGGCGAGUGGUAUUCAAAUGGUUGCAAGCUGCAAUUUCGCCACUAGAUGCCACUAAAUCCUACACACUGUACCUUUUUAAGAAAUGACUUCAACAAUUAUUAAAAUAGUUUCUGAUGAAUUUUCAGUUGAUUUACUAAUCGCUUAAUGGACUAUUUGUUUCAGCUCUAAUAUCAUUAAUGGUCAAAGCACUGAAAAAUGACAUUAGAGAAAUUCUUUGCAGAAUUGAUAUCUUGGUUACAAAGGGUGAUUCAGAGAGCUCGCUGUCUGAAUAGUGUUCACUAGGACUGUUAGUUGGUAGAUAGAAAUUCCAAGAAAACCUUUUUACAGUAAAAUCUGUGGAUUAGCCAGAUUGCUUCUUGAAACCGUGCAAGCACCACAAACAAGAUUCCAUUCACCUCCAUUGUACUUGUGUGAGAACAGAAAUCCAAUCCUGGGCAAAUAAAUCCAAAACUAUCUGCAUGGCUGCAUAGUACCAGAGGUCAGUGGAAAAAUAUGUCUUUUUGUAAUUUGGGUGAAUUGACUCUUUCAAUCUUCCUCUUGUCAGACAGUAAUCAGUAGUGUGUUCCAGAUAUGGACAAAAGAAACCUUUUUUUCUGUUAAGAUGAAUUUUUUGGCAUUUCUGCUUUAUUAUGAUAGUGAGAGACAGGAAAGGCAGGGGAGAGGGGGGAUGACAUGCAGCAAAGGGCCCGGCCCGCUGUGGUAAGGACUCAACCUUGAUACAUGGUGCGCGCUGUACCAGGUGAGGGACCGGUCGCCCAAAAUUAACCUUUUAAAUAUGAAUCCACUAGAAUGGAUUGGAUGAAUGGUUAGGUUACAGUAGGUUCAGGGAAUCAGUCUCUACAGUCAGAUUCCUUGUGGGAGCCAUGCUGCAAACAGAUCCAUUCUAAGGCUGACCCUUUUAAAUGGUGCCAAAUACAGCACAUACAGGAACAGUUUGGCAUCGUUAUUGUGGAUUUUUGGUCAAUUAUAAUAGUGAAAAUGUUGUAAAUACACCCAGUUUGGCAAAAAAAAAAAAAAAAGUUUCUACAUAAAAUGAAGUUGUGGAUUGUUUCACCCACAGAUCCUAUAUUUUCUCCUGAUUCCAAUUUUGAUGCCUCAGCUCAGGGUAUCGGCCAAUAUCGAUUCCCAAUGUAAUACCAGUGCUCUGUUUCCCUUAUUUAAAAUCUGUACACCACACUGCGUGUGCAUCCCUACUUCCAAUACCCAUUAUUUAAAUUCAAAUUUAUUGUAAAUACUGCCCGCCCAGUGGAAAAACCCAGAGAAUCCAGAAAGUAGAAGGCUGAAAAUCACUUUGAUAAUGUUAUCGGUGGCUAAAUUGAUUGAUUGAAGUGAUCCUUCAAAGUGCUGUAUUUGAGCCUUACAUGACAGACUGAAGUAUCCCUCUUUAGAAAACCACAUAGAAGACAAAAAAGUCGCAGUGCAGUUUGAUCAUGUGUUUUAAGUGAUUUAAUACCUACAUGUGAAGUGUGGAACACUCUCCCUGAUUCCUCUCUGAUACAUGCUUGACAUGAACAAAGCCUUUGCUGGAGGGCACAGAUGGGUUUUUUUUUUGUUUUAAGGCAGGAAGUUUCUGUUUGCUUCACCAAACAGAAUCAAUCUAGAAUCAAAAUACCAACUUGCUUUGGUCGUGGCAAGUUUUGCUGAGUCAUUCUUGCAAUGUUCAAUGAGGAAAUGAAAUGAUUUCAAGUCAGUACAAAUGUCAACCUCAGCUUGUCUUUCAGCAGCAAAACGUGGUUGUUCGAAUGUUGUCGGUAGAGUUAACAUGCUGUCAACAACCAUACUGUAACAAAUGCUCAUUCUCCCUUUUUUUGAGGAAAGGUUUUAGCCUCCCACAGUAACACCAACGCUCCCUGUGUGUGUGCGCAUGAACACUUGCUCUAAGCCCAUGUGGUGUUUUGAUGUUGUGAGCGUGUGACAAAUUCAGUGAAUCCCACAGUUACAUGAUUAUUUGGGAAGGCUUUGAAAUUAAAUUCCUCAAAAAAGGACACUGGCUUGGCUUUGAAAGUCAAAGGGAAGCACCGUAUAAAAAUGUACAACUCUGCAUACAUCUUAUUAUGCAGCAGUGGAUUAUUAGCUGAACUGUAUUUCUGCACUAUUUCAGAUUACUUCAAAGCAUUUAACAAAGUAUUAACUUUCAUCAUUCACAUUUACACAAGUACUAAAAAGGCUAAUCCGCACUUUGUAUUUAUUUAAGAUUUCCUCCUGUGUGACCUGCUCUGCUUUAAAGAGUGCAUUUUAUUCUUCUAUUCUUUGUUUACAUGAUAUUGUAUGUAUCCUUUGUUCUCUGAAUGCAUGGUACAGGUGAAGGCUAGUUUAGUAAUGUAUGUGAAACACUGCUGGUAUGAUGGUGUCAAGUCUCGCUGGUGAGAGUGACGGUGGAGAUGAUUUGUUUUUUACAGAAAUUUGAAUUAUUUCUAAAUAUUCUUUAGAUAUUUCAGCACAUGCGCAGAGAAUAAAUACUUCUCAGUUGCAAUGCAAAAACUGUGUUUGCUUGCCUUUUUGAAUGUAUUUAUUUCCCUUUGAUUGUACAGGGCCAACACGCCCAAAUGUGUGUUUCUACCUCUGUGUUCAAAUGAUAGAGAAAAGGUUUCUACUUUCCCUGCAUACAGUCCGCUCACACCCUGCACUGUUCAAUUUUCACUCUGUCCUUGUCUUUCAUUCUGUUCCCACUUUACUGUCUGUAUUCUGCCUCUUUCCUGUGCAAUGUUCUCUCCACGCUCAUGCAUUUGUUUUGGUUGAUAACUCAUUCUGCCAAAAGCUUUCUGAAGCAGACAACUCUUAUAAUCUUGAGGAGAGGUAAGCUUGCAACAGAGGACACGUUAGCCGUCCCAUCAAGCUUAACAUCACAAGCAUGCAGAGUUCAAUCUGAAGGCCAAAGUGCGCUUCAUUUCAUUUCUUUUUUUUUUUUUGCUGUUUCAGAUUCAACCAAACAUUAUGAAUGAAUGAGUGAGCUCUGUGAUAAAAGAUGCAUGCGCUGUUUUGACCAUUUGACCUGUUUGUGUCUUCCACAGGGGUUUAUUCUUUAUUUUUAAAGUGCAUGCGAGUCAUUUUGUAUAGUGUUUUAUUACAUUUUGGGCAUGUUUCUUAGAAAACAAAUGAUUCAGAACGGAUACAAAAGCAUUUAAAGGAUAAACCUAUUUUAAUACAAUGCUCACAUGCUGAGUUAUUGGUUGCUCUAAUCACCUUUUGUAAGCACACUGCAAAAAUGGAUUCCAAUGUUGCUUCAGCCAUCAGAGUGAGAGAAAUCAAGUGGGAAUCUUCCAUGACGGGCUCUCUUUCAAAAAAUCAAGUUUGAACAAAUGACAACUAAUUUGUUCAAAUUCAUUUAGAUGCUACCCACGUAGCGGAAUUGUAAAAUACGUUGCAGAAUUCAUGCUGCCUCAAGCUAACAGGCUAACAGGUGACUUUAGUUUUGUCGUGGUAAUGUCACUGCAGUCUUAUCUUUAUAUAUAAUAUUCCGUUUAUGAUGUUGAAUCCUAAAUGCUUCAACACAUUACUUCUCAGAUGGUUUGGUGUCACAAUCCAUUCAGCAUGGCUGGCUAGUUUCCUUCAUUUUGUGUUAGCGAAGACAACAAUUGGCUAAUUUUCUGAGGGCAUCAGGGCAUGCAAUAGAUCAGAGUAAAAAUGCAUUUAUACGAACGCCCCGACCCUGGUGGAGUAUCAGGCACAGCCUGUUGUGCUUAUACGCUGAAUUUUGAACUCAAAACAGAUAAUUCCAGAUCGAUUAUUUAAUUAUUUCCCCAAGUUUGAAUGGUUGUUUGACCUUCGCACAAAAAGUGACAGCCGUAGUAUCUUCCAAAGUUAGUCUUUUUAGUACUUUGUGAAACACAAAGUGCUGAGCCGUGGCAGACUGACAGGUUUGUUGCCGGUGUUGUAUUGAAGUGUCCUUCCCCAUACCUUAUCCUGAACCCAGCCUGAGCGCUCACCUCAUCCAGUCAUCUCUGUGACGCCAAACCGUAACCUAACGUGAACCUAAAUGAACUUACACCUAAACUGAUCCCAGCCAGGAACGGGUGUUGAUACGAGAAACACUGUUCAAAAGGGACGUGGACAGACACCAGCAAUAAACCUACGCGUGACUGCCUGCACGAAGAUUUGUGUAACUCGUUCUGCUGAAGCCUCGUAUCAGCUGCAGCUGAACUUUACAAUAGCGCCGCCGUCAGCCUGUCCUUUAAUUGAAAUCUGAUGGCUCUUUUAGUCUCAACAUCUUUAGUCUGAUUUGGAUCUGAGAAACAGGCCCAAAGAGCUGAAUCAUAAGUGUGUUGUUGCAGUUUUAGUCAUCAACUUUGUGUCAUAGUUGUGAUUGAUAAUGCAUGUAGAAAAUGACAGACAUCCAGUCCUUUCUGGCUCCGCUCCGUUCACCUCAUUGUUGUGUCUCCUUCAGGGAAUCGAGCGUCUGAAGGGAGAGACGGGGAAGUGGGGGAAGGUGCCGUGUUGGGAGGCCGUGCAGAUGGCGUUCGGCGGCCCGUUCUCUCUGUCCUGGUGCAGCCCCUUCGCAGGGCUGAGCUGCAAGAAGAGCCCCCCAGAGCACGUCACCGUCCCACAGGGGGAGAUCAUCGAGGAGGAUGUCAUAGAGAUACCACUGGACUAGUGCUGCCUGUGGUCAGGAAGACAGGAAGACAUUUUUUCUCAGUCUGGCAGCGCUUCUGUCCAAGCAAAUAAAGAUCGCUUUGGAAUUUGUGGACACAAGACUUUAUCAGGGCUUUUUAAAUAGCGAGAAACAACCUGGAAUCUUUAUCUACGUAAAAAUAUCACAUGACACAUCCACUUUCUCUCCCAGUGUCAAUGAAGCCAUUUGCAGGUGUACGGGGCAGUGAACUUAGAUUUUGUGAAUAUCUUUACCGAACUUUAGCAUCCUGGCCCUUUUUUAGAAAUGUUCUGCCAUGUGGAAAUUAUCUUUUAUUACUCAACUCAUGCUGCCAGAUCUGCAGUAUUUUCCUGGAAUCACUGCGUAAUGAAGCUAACUGGUGAAGCGAAGGUGCUGGAAGGACUCCGAGCUCCUGUUAGCACAACCAAAGUGUCUCUGGAUUUUAAAGCGUCUCAUUGAGCUGCCUCAGGAGAACACCACUAACUGUAGCACUAAUGUGACACGUGAAGCAUGAACAGUUUGCUUUUAACCACUUUGCUGUCUCCGAUGCCUUUUUUUUUUUGAGGAUUUGAAUUCACCCUGUGCCUUAUCUUUAUUGACGAGCAAGCGUUUGAGUAUGGGGAAAAACUCUCUGUAUGAUAUAUUGUUCAACUACUACUACUCCUCCGUCCAGUUCUGGUGUGUGUGUGUCUGGAGUUGCCAUUUUCACCUUUAUCACUCUGUUGCACAUAUGGAAAAUAGAGGGUAACUGAGUUCAUGUGGAAGAGAUUUUUGUGGAAUUGAGUAAGCUGCUGGAUAAGGGCUUUUAACUGUUAAAUGGGUGCUGGAUAUCAUGGGACCAUUCAUGUUUUAUCAUGUUUACAUUAUUUUAACAAACUGUUUCAUCAUUGUGUGGGUUUCAUCUUUAAGUUCCAAAGUAAAUGGAAAUAUUUCAUAUAUCUGUACAUUACGAACGAUAUUUUUAUUUUUGCUGUUAAUAAUCAAAGAAACAGCGUGGAAUGAG